AUGCUGGCUUUCGCCGCCCGGCCUUUGCUCCUUGUUCUCGCGAUGACGGCCGUGGGAGAUUCGGCAGGUGCACCGAUUGCCGUCGUCACCGGAGGGAAUACCGGCAUCGGCUAUUACACCGCAGGCCAGCUCGCUUCUGCUGGCUAUGCAGUGGUCAUUGGCUGUCGCAGUGUCGCACGCGGAGAAGCGGCUGCAGCGACCCUGACAGAGGCAGGAGGCGACGUCAUCAAUCGACAGCUCGACCUCUCCUCCUUCGCUUCCGUGCUGAAAUUCGCAGAGGAGCUGAAAGGCAUGGAUGGUGAGCUGAAGCUGCUGGUCUGCAAUGCUGGCCUCAACUCCGCGACGGCUGAGCAGGAGCCAUCCCGACAGCUGUCGUCGGACGGCGUGGACAAGCUUUAUCAGACGAACUACCUGUCGCACUUUCUCCUGACCCUGCUGUUGCUGCCGCUGCUCCGUCGAGCCAAGGGGCGUGUGAUCAACGUUUCCUCGGUCGUCCACAGAAGCGCUUCAUUGGACGACUUCAGCAUCACAACAGAAAUUCGAGAUCCAUAUGUCUCUCUCUACGGGCUUUCCAAGCUUGCACAGAUUGUGUCGAGUUACGCGCUCCACAAGCGUUAUGGCGAGGAUGUGGCUUUCCACUGUGUCAACCCGGGCGGUGUUGCAUCUGACAUUUGGCGUGGGUAUGCAGGAUGGCAACAGGCUGUUUUCUCCCGGCUUCUGAUCAGCCCAGAGACUGCAGCAAAGACGGUGGUGAAGGCUGCUACCGCGGACGAGGGCUGCGUCCCGGCACCGCCCAGGCUGAACGGCUACCGCGGCGCAAGUCUGUCGACGCUCUUCGAAUUCUGGAGCCCCAUUGCUGCUAGAGAGGCCCUCGAAGUCUCGGAGCCAAGCCAGGACCACCAGAGCCCUGCGCUUCAGGAAGCACUCUGGGAACAAAGCACCUUGGCAGGCCUGGCUGAGGAGGCGGCGGCUGGUGCCGAAGCAUGCGAGUUGGCUGCAGCCGGGGAGCUGCGAGCUUGGCGGCGGAGAGGAUCCGGUGCCGAACAAGCUGUAUGCCGAGCAAAACGACUUCAGGAGGAAGCUCGAAGCCUUCUGCCACAAAGCCUGCAGGUGGUCAAGCCAGCGCUGGAAUCAACAAACCACGGCCCUGCGAAGCAACCGCGGGUGCAGUCUCCGGAGCUCACAGAUCCUACAAAUCCUACAAGCCCAGGUGCCAAGGAGCUCUCUGUCGAGGAUGAGGUCCAACGUCGACAGCAAGCCGCCGAGCUGUAUGCCCAGGCGAAGCUCCACAUAAACUUGCAGAAGGCCGUCGACGAGGUGCGGAGAGACCUGCAGCUGCGUCGAGACACGAUACGCUGUCGAAGCGAGGUGGAAAGCGCACGCAGGGAAUCUGAGGAGCUUCUCGGACAGUUGGCGCGAAUCCGGUCGGACGGAGAACCUUCGCCGCUGGACCUGGGCGCAGCCCUGCGUGGGGCGCUGCAGCAAUGGUCGCGGCGAAAGGCGGCUUGCCAUGAUGUUCUGAGAGGUCUGGCGAACGCAGGCGCUGGUCACAUCGGCCAAGCCGCUGGCCUCUCCUCGGACGAGUCUUGUGGGGCCUCUUUCGAGGAAAUCUUUGGGUCUCUGUCGCCUGAGCUUCGGUGGUGA